UGAACGCGAAGCCGCUUUCCCUGCUCGAGUGUUCUCCUCCCCAUCUCCGCCGAGUUUUCGUGUCAAGCCCUAAUCGCCGUUGCUGUCAACCUUCCGGAAGGGAAUAGCUUUUUAAUCUUUGUUAUAAUCAGGUAACCAACAAUUCGCCUUCCGGUGUUGUAAUUUUUCAUCGCUAUUUGUCGAAAUCCUUUGCAUCGGACCUAUCUCAGUUCCUACCAUGAAACUCUCUUUCUCUGUGCAAUCGAAAUCCAACACCAAGUCAAACCCCAUCAGGUCCUCCAACAAAUUCGACGCCGCCGCUUCCGAUACCAAAGAUGGAAAGUCCAACGCCAGAGAGUAUGUUACAGAGUUCGAUGCAUCGAAAUCCCCUUCUGAUCCUAACAAAGCCACCACGGUUAUUCCCCCCAUUGAGAACGAGUGGAAUUUAGGGAGGUCCUACAAGAGAAUGAAGAAUCUAGACUUACCCAUCACUGAAUCUAAUGUAACCGAGUUGGGAUUUGAGCUGGAUACGUCGACGGUUGUGGAACCCGGUUCGGACAUGUCUUAUGGUCUGAAUCUUCGGCAGACAAAGAAGAAUGAUGGGGACGGGGAGAAACCUGCUGCUGGGAGUGGGGGUGAUGAUAGUGAUAAUAACGGUAGGUCGCGGCCUGUUUCUCUGGACUCUGUGGUGCUGCAGAAGUUUAAGGAUGAUAUGGAGAGGUUACCGGACCACAGAGGUUUUGAGGAGUUCAAAGAUGUCGCUGUUGAGGGUUUUGGUGCAGCUUUGCUAGCUGGGUAUGGAUGGCGUGAAGGGAUGGGCAUUGGAAAGAAUGCCAAGGAGGAUGUGAAAGUUGUACAGUAUGAGAGGAGGACUGCCAAAGAAGGGUUGGGUUUUGUUAGUGAUCAUGCUCGUAAGCGGAAUUCGAAGGAGGAAGUGAAGAUACCUAAGGAGCAUGGCAGAGAGGGUUCAUUAGUGGGGAAGGUUGUUAGAAUAGUUGAGGGCAAAAAUGCAGGUCUGAAGGGUAAAAUUGUACGAGAGGUUGAAGAUAAAUGGGUUGUUUUAAAACUUGUGAAAAGUGAAGAGGAAGUGAAAGUGGGCCCUCAAGAUUUUGUAGAACUGGGCUCUAUUGAAGAAGAGAGGUUUUUGAAGAAAUUGAAGGAAUUAAAGAUUCAGGAUACUCAUAAAGAUAGAGAUUCAAGGAAUAAACGCAAUAGGGAGGAGGGAAGGAGAGGCCGUGAUGAGGUUGUAGUUGACGUUAAGAGAGAUAGUAGGAAGGAAGAGCAGGGGAAAAAACGAGUUUCAUGGCUUACUAGUCAUAUACGGGUCAGGGUUAUUAGCAAAGAUUUCAAAGGAGGGCGGUUAUAUUUGAAGAAGGGACAGGUAUUGGACGUUGUUGGGCCUACUACUUGCGAUAUAUCUAUAGAUGAUAGCAAGGAGAUCAUCCAGGGGAUUUCCCAAGACCUUCUUGAGACUGCUAUCCCUCGUCGAGGGGGCCCAGUUCUGGUAUUAUAUGGUAAACAUAAAGGCAUUUAUGGCAGUCUAGUUGAGAGGGAUUUGGACAAAGAAAUGGCUGUUGUUAGAGAUGCUGACACCCAUGCACUGGUCAAUGUGCGGCUUGAACAAAUUGCAGAGUUUAUAGGGGAUCCAAGUAUCUUGGGAUACUGAUUCUGUUGUAUCAAUUCCAGUGUAGUACCUACUUGUAUGACCCUUUUGAUUGAUAACAUUUUCCAAAGUAGCAUUCAUAUUUCAGAAUUUGAUAUGGGGUUUUGUACAAACCUGGGGAGAAAAAAUUAUGAAGGUAUGUAUGUACUAUAUUCCUAGUGUCAUUUUUUAGUCAAUUGAAGGAUGAAGUAUUAACUUGUUCGGCAACUUUAUAGUUUAUAGAUGAUGAAAAUAAUGGUCUCUUCUUAGAUCUUCAAAUCUGAAUACAGUCUUUAAUGAUAUUAUAAAGACAAAA